UUGAACGAGAUAAAAGCCUCUCAAUUCCUCGCCUGAAAAUUGGAACACCGUGGGACGGACGCGUGUGUGGUGUGGUACUGUGGUCCGCCCCCCACAGCCACAGGUGCGAUUCGAGUGACAAGUCGUGCCGAUAAAGAAGCUUACCGACGAGAAAAGCGCGGAGCCAGGCCAAGCCAGCGAAGAUUCUGCGCCUGCCGCUACGCUUCGGUGCACGCGCCAAGGUUGCCGCGUCCGCUCCCAUCAAUUCGCUCAUUCACUCCCCGUCUCCGGCGUUAAACCAGCAGCGUCCAGCAAGGCAGCAGCCCAAACCUACCCAGCCGCUCUGCUCGGCUCGGUUCCAUCGCUAUCGCUAUCGCUAUCGCCUCCUCUCUUCUCCUCUCCCCUCUCCAACAACUGUCGCGGCGGUGUUCGCCUCCUGCUCAUGGAAGACCAGAGGAGGCCUCGCUUCUUCAAGGUCAUCGUCGGCGACUUCACGCGCCGCAUGGAGAUCCCUCGAGGCUUCCUCUGCCAUGUUCCAGAGGAGAGGCGCAGAGCACCUGGUGCUACAGUGGCGUCAUCUGCUACAGUCAUACUUAAGAAUGCUGAAGGGAAGACCUGGCUUGUUGAGCUGGAGGAAAUUGAUGGCCGCGUGUUUCUGACCAGUGGGUGGUCAAAGUUUGUGGAGGGCAACUGUUUAGGGCAGGGCGAAUUCCUUGUCUUCGAAUACGAUGGGAACAUACAUUUCAGGGUCUCGGUUUUUGGUGCGAAUGCUGUUGAGAAAGCAGUUUGGCCUUCAGCAAGUGGUGCCCCACCUACUGGGAAUUUGGGAGGAGGAGAACAACCAUGUGAUAUCUCCCCUUCUAGUAAGAGGAGACAUAGUGGCGAUGAAUUAACAGAGACAGUUAAGAGUCUCAUGCGUAGGCACGCACAGACAGUUACCACACAAAGAAGCACUCAAGGGGAUGAACAUAUUUCAGCCCAGGACACAAUUUGUUUCCUUGACCCACAUGAAGUAGGCUGUUCCAAAGAUGAGUUGGAGACAUCCUUGUCACAGAAGGAGCCAAUGGAGGAUGAUAAAGCUAAAGCAAUUGUUGAAGUAAUGAGAACUUUACAUGUUGACAAAUUGACAGUUGAAUUAUUCUGUGCUACACUCUGUUUGUAUAAAUGGAAAGUUGAGGCGGCUGCAGAAGAUAUAAAUAUUUGUAGGGGCAAACCACAAAUUCUGGAGCAAUCUCUAAAGCAGAAACUUGUUUUGCAGUUUGACUUUGUAAAGAGUCAACUACGACACUUCUUCCCUCCAGAUGUUGAUUCUGAGAGAAUCAAGAAGAACAAUCUUGAGGGGCCUAACUUGUCUAACCAACCACUACAGUGUGACCUGACUGUGGCACCAGUGAAGCGAAGGCUAGUUGAUGAACAUAAAUCUUGUGAUUUGUCUCACCAACAUAAGAGGAAAACAGUUAAGUUGCAGCGAGGCUCACCCCAACCUCAAACACCAAGAAGAUCACCACGAUUGGCACACCUGAACAAUACUUGCAACAACACAAAUGAAGUGUUGAAAGAAAGAGCUGAAGGGCUCAAACCACCACAAGCUGCAAAAGAUCAGGUCAAGGAUAGGGUACAUAAAGCACACUCGCUUCAUGAGAAACCAGAUAAUUCCUUGAAAGCAGUUCGUGAGGAAACAACAGGUUCCUUAUCUCAGGACCUCAGGAAACUGGAUCCCCCACAGUGUGAGGUUGGCUUAAGUAAAGAGAAUGAACAUGAUCAAGGAGAAACUAGAAAAUUUUUGGAUCACAGCAAUGAUAGAAAGAACAGUGAAGAACAAAUGGAAAUAAAUGGCGUGGGGACUUCUGAGUUGUUCAUGAGUACAGAUUGCAUAGAGUCAUCACCAAACAACUCUGGGUUGACAGCAUAUUCAAGAAUAAAUGAGCUAUCAUUUACGUGGAAGCACUCACAACAUGCCAAUCCCAUCGAGAAAAUUUUACUUGACAUUCAAAGGGGCAACUUUGUGAACACCAUCACACAUAUCCAGAAAGUCAUCCAGGAUGAUCCUUCGAAUGUGCUGAGUGCAGAUGUAAUUGGAGCUGUUGUGCAGAUAGGAUUGCUGAAAUGUGAUUUAUGCCUUCAGGAUAGGAAUGCCCGAAAGAUAGUGAAUGCAUUGUUGGAGUAUGCUAAAAAGGUUAGGGAAAAACAUAAUUUCAGUAUUGAAAUGAGGAAGGAAGAGUUCUCUGCAAAGCUACAGGAUCUCUUAAAGUGGCAGCUUAAAGAGCUAGAAACUACAUACACUUCCUUGGAAUCAGAUUACAAGAAAGCAACAACUGAUUCUACCAUUUCCUUCUCUACAUUGGAAGAACACAGGAAAAAGUUGCAUGCCAUUAAGGAUGGUAUGAAGGACUCACAGCAGGCUUUGAUGAUUAGGGAGGAUGAAAUUCAAAAGUUGGCACAUAAAGUCGCUGAGCAUGAGACUAUAUGUCAGAAGUCUUUAAUGGAAAAGGUAAGGGUUAAGACGGCUCUGAAUAGCUAUCAGAAGACUCUUGGUGAUGUAAAAGAGCAGCUCGCCUCUACUGAACCUGGGUUCGUUGAUGUAGAUGCAUUGGUUAAGGUAGAGAUGGAUAAUAUGAGUACGGAGAUUCAGCUUUCCAAGGGAAUUCUUCUAAACAUCAACUUCGAGAAAGAGUAAAGAAGGUGUAGCGUCUGCUUACAAUUAUUUACUUUCUGCCUAUGGUCUAUUCACGGUAACUCCU